AUGGAGGUGCUAUCCUAUUUACUACCCACUGAGUUGACAAGAGAUUCACAUAUGCCUGAGGAGCUGGCAGGUAUGCCUGCUGAUGUCAUUGAGAAGGGACGGAGUUUUAAGAUUGUGACAGAAAUUGUUCAGAACGGCAAUAGCUUCAACUGGUCGCAGAUCUAUCCAGAUAAGACCAUGACAAACAAAUUUACUGUUGGCCAAGAAUCGGAAAUGCAUACUAUGAGUGGCAAGACAUUUAAGGCAACGGUUAACAUGGAAGGCGGCAAGCUUGUGGUGGACUUCCCAAAUUAUCAUCACACUGCUGAAAUUGUAGGAGGAAACCUGGUUGAGUUUGAAGUUACGAACUCUGACCAAACCAAAUUACUGUCUGCUGCUACUGUUUCUCACUUUUUCCCAGCACGCAAAGUGCAGGAAGAGAGCGAGAACCAAUCAGUAGCCAUCCAGCCAUCCUCGUCAUCUACGUGA